AUGCCACCAAUUCGCGCCCAAUCGUCUCGGAAUUCUGCCGAAAAAGAGGGUAGGAUCUUAUUAGCCAUCAAAGAUAUCAAAAAUGGCUGUAUCAGCUCUGUCCGCGCAGCAGCAACUCUAUACGUAAUCCCCCAUACAAUGCUAGCUGAUCGUGUCAAUGGUGUACAAUCACGCGUCGAUAUACACCCAAAUAGCCAUAAAUUGACAAAAUUAGAAGAGGAUUCACUUAUUGAAUAG